UGAGUGAGCGGGCGGGCGGGCGGUGAUUCUGGCUGGUGAAUAAUGUGGCUGUUUUUUUCCAGUCAGGAUACAGUUCUGGGCGUUCGUUGCCCUCUGCAUGAGGCCGGUGGUUGAAUCAACCUCUCUCUGUGUUGGGCUGUUUGCUUUGGGCUCCCUCUCUAUGCUGUCAUUCACAGCAGGUCUAUACGACAUAGGGGUUAUUCACAACCACCGGCCCAGGAGUGCCCUGGCGAACGCUAUGAAAGGCGGUAUUUACUAGUGUCACUGGGGUCUAUCAGGGUACAGAUGAAUGGUUCCCAUUGACCCAGAACCAACGGGGUGAGUUUUCUAAACCCCUUUUGCCAGCAAGACAGCGGCCGUGCCGCGGCGGAGAAAGUUUCUCAUUCUACCAAACUUGUUGACAAACUCUCUCUCUCUCUCUGUCAGUAAAUCUGACAACAGAGAGUUAAUGGAGUGGGCUGUGCGUCAGUGAGCGAUUGAGAGAGAGAGCGAGCCCCAGGGUGGGGCUGUGGAGCUGUGGAGGAGAGCAGCCACGACUCUCUCUGUGGGCACUGGAGUCAAUAACGCGGCUGUUGCAGCGGCAAGGAGAGCCGCUCAAAAUCACACACCACCCCCGACAGCGGGCAACGCAAGUCUCCGUUGCUUCCCGGGCAUGAGGCCGGCGUUCUGCCCCCAUCCCAGUCAGCUGGAGGGCGGCCAGAGGCAGCAGGCUCUUCAUCCGUGGUCGAGACAGGCGCUACUCCAAUGACACUCCUGCCCGGAAACCGUGUGUUGACUUUAAAAGCAAUAAAUCCGUUUCUUCAUGCUGGCAAACCCAGAUAAACGCCAUUCGAAAGAAAUGCUUUAUUCUUGUAGCAACAGACAGAAGAAAAAGGAUGCAUCUUCCUCCCAGAGAAGUCAGAAAAACACUUUACGUAAAAGCAGCAAGAAGUACAGGAGCUUUGGAAUUAUUUCCAGAACAUUUUUAUUGUGUAACUCAAAGAGCAGUGAAGAGAGGACCAGAGCUGAGGAAACUGAUUCCGCAUCAAGGGACAGAGGGCCCGAAGGUGAAUUGUCAUCUGAAUCUCACGCUGUAUCACAAGCCCAGAAUAAAAUCUUCAACGUCAGGGUUUCCCAAAGUGAACAUGAACUGGAGCCAAAUGGAGUUGGUGAAGCUGGAACUGAUAUAAAUAGAGAAACUCACAGCAAGGAAUGUAUAACCAAUGGGACAACUGAGGUGGAGUUAGUUAAUGAAACGUUUCUUAACUCACCUGAAGCCCAGACUGAGUUUCCGUGCCAAAGGUCUCGCUGCAACUCGACAGGAGUGAAUUCCUACUGGUUGGACAAAGAUGUUGAUUCACCGGCUGCCACGAAACAAGUUGUGUGUCGACAUCCUCCCGUACACUCGCUCUGUGACCACAGGAAGUCUCUCUCACAACAGCUGGAAACUCCAGACCGUGUCCAUCCAAUGACCCGGGCGGUUCGGUCCCUGAGCUCGGCUCAUUUGCUGCCCUCUGGGUGCAGCCCACCUCCCUCUGUCAUCUCAAAUAUCAUCCUGAUGAAGGGCCAAGGCAAGGGCCUGGGCUUCAGUGUGGUGGGAGGAAGAGACAGUGUCUAUGGACCCAUGGGGAUUUUUGUAAGGACCAUUUACGCAGACGGAGCUGCUGCUGCUGAUGGGCGACUGAGGGAAGGUGAUGAAAUACUUGAAGUGAACGGGGUGUCAAUGAAUGAAUUAACUCAUGAAGAAGCAGUACAGAUAUUUAAGCAAGUGCGGAAGGGCGUGGUCACGCUGGCGGUCAGGACGUGUUUGAAGGGCUCGAAUCUGUCUCAGCGACAGUCGGCGACAUAUCUGAGCAACUCGUGGUCGACGAACUCCAACACUGACGAGGUAGUGAGGGGCAGCUGCUCAAGCCUGGAGCUGGACAACAUGCCCAAGGUGCCAAACCCUGAUGACAGAGUCAUUUUGGAAGUCACUUUGUACAAAGAGGACGGUGUGGGUUUGGGAAUUGGACUGUGCAGUGUGUCCACCCAUCUACAGGCAUCUGGCAUCUAUAUCCACACACUCUCCCCAGGAUCAGUGGCACAUCUAGACGGAAGGCUCCGGUGUGGGGACCACAUAUUAAAAAUUAAUACAACAAACAUCCACAACCUGACUCUGAAUGAAGCGUACGCCCAUCUCCAGCUCUGCCGGUCUGGCCGCAACCAUCUGGUGAUUAGCCGGCACCCCGAUCCCCUGAUCUCUGAGCAGCAGUUCAAUGAUGCAAUUCUACAAAGGGUUGAAAAUGCUCGGUUUAGUCAAGACGGCUGUCAAUGGAAUGUACAAGGCUCAAAGAAAAUCGAACCAAAUUGGCACAGAAAGAAAAUGUUGGAAAAGUGCGUGGACAGACGUUUGAUCAGGAAAGCUCAGAAGCCCAUGACCCGCUCCAGCAGUGACAGCAGUUACUUUAACGGCACUGCCACUAACUCCGACAACCCACAGACUGACACACUUGACUUGCCUUCAGACAGUCAGCACCAACCGCUGGGUGGUCUCGACAACAAUAUUUAUCUCAUCAAACUCAAUGAGAAGCCUGCGUCAGAAAUGACCGAUAGAAACAAUAAUGAAUCGAAGAAGAUUCCCCCCCCCAACCCGCCUCCACGGACCACGAGCUGCCAGCGUGUCGACCGCUCGCCACCACAGACACGUGGGACAGAGGAGUUCCAGGAAGUAAGAAAGCUGCCAUCACAAGAACACAAAGCUGUUUCCAUUCACUCAGACGCUGUCACCCACUUUCCGACUGGAGACCAAAAUCAACAUUUACCUUUAACCAACUCCUGUCAUCUUGAACAAAGAGUGAACAGCCCCGAGUCAGCGCGGAGUUUGCUGAGAAGGCAGACCUGUUUGGAUGCGGAACAGGAAACGUGUGUUAGUACAUCGGAGGCUACUGAAGACCUACAGCAGUGUCUCAUCUCUGGAACGAUGGAAGACUACAUCAGUAAAGCAGCCAAUAUUAUGCCGUCAGAGUCCCAGGAACUUUCCACUCAGUCACCAGUGCAACUGACUGGAAACCAAGAGGUGAUUGCAAGUAAGCAUACCAAUGGACAUUCUGAUGUCGAGGCAUUCGAUGAGAACCCCAACUCAAACACCACUGUUCUCAACGUUGAAGUUAAAAUGGAAAUGUUGCCUUCAUCUGAGGAUUCAGAAGGGGUCACGUUCUUGGAAGUUCUAACUGACAGAGUGUCGGAUUUAAAGCCAGCAGAACCUUCAUCUUGUGAGAAGGAACUUAGCCACUGCAAAAUGGAGACUUCGCCAACUGAAAACCUUGCCAUGCAGCGGAAAGCAAAGGCCUUUGGAAAUGAGAGCAGCAAGAAUUGGGCAACUUCAAGGUCCACGAAUGACUUGCAGCUGAGGCCAGAGGCUGAAGUGUCCGCAGAUAGGAAGCUGGAGGACAGGACCAGUGUGAAGAAGGGACCUCCUGUAGCUCCCAAGCCCAUGUGGUCCCAACAAAGUCUGAAAGCAUCAUCGGGCAGGGUGCAGGCCAACUAUGCUGCCAAGGGAAACAAGAUUGACAGAGGCUUUGCUUCAACGGGGAAGCUCACUCCACAAGUCAGAUCCAUAAAAGACAAGAUCCAUUCUUUUGAAACUUUCUCCAGUUCCGAUACCCCAGAGAAAGCAAACAGGAAGAGUGGCCACUCGCUGCCAAGCUGGAGUAAUGCCCUGGAACGAACAGUCUCGGCUCCAAGUGGUGAACAAGACUCCAAACUAAGGCAGAUAUCUCCUGCUACCUCCAAGCAACCUCCAGAGACUGGGAAUGUGGAGCCUGUAUCCCAGACGCUGGAUAACGAGGUGACACAAGAGGCCCAUGUUCCCAAGGUCUACUCUGGUCCAAGGAGAUGUAACAGUGAAACACCCAGCUCCGUGCCCACUUCACCACAGACUCCAUUGCGGAUGGUGAAACAAGCUGGGCUGAGAACCCGGAGCUUUCCUCUCGCCGCCAGCUCCACCUAUGAAUGUUGUGAAGUCAAAUUGUUGAGAGACGGACAGCUUUCAGCCAGCAAUGACAAGAUCUACUCCUUCAGCAACCAGCUGUCUCACGCCCUGAUGAAAACCAUACGUGCCUAUCCCCUCUCACCGCUAUCUUUGUGUGGAGGUCCAUGGAACCCGCACCCACCCACUCCAACCAAAGAACCUCUGUCCCCAGUGUCCUCGCCAACAGUCAACAACCAGCUGGAGAAAGGCUUCUCUCUCAGCCUUGCAGAGUUGAGAGUCUGCACUAUUAAUUUGGCAGAUGAAAAUCAGAAGGAAGAUGAUGAAAAAGAAGCUGGUGGAAAAGAAGGUGCCACCUCGCUUGCCUGUGCCUCUGCACAGUCAGUCAUGUCCUUGAUUCCUGCACAAGAGCUGGAGGAACUGAUAGCAGAAGUGAAGGAUCUGGAUGAGGAAACAUUAAAGCAAUUGGAUGACAUCCAUGUUGUGAUUCUGCACAAAGAGGAAGGGUCUGGUUUGGGGUUCAGCAUCGGUGGAGGUGUGGAUCUUGAAAGCAAAGUGACAACAGUUCACAGGGUGUUUCCAAGUGGACUGGCCGCCCAGGAAGGAACAAUUGAGAAAGGGGAUGAGAUUUUGUCGAUCAAUGGGCAGUCAUUGAAAGGCACGACUCACUCUGAUGCUCUGGCCAUCCUGCGCCAAGCACGGCUGCCAGAGCAAGCAGUAGUGGUGGUUCACAAGGUCAAGGAAAGUGAAGGCAAGCACAGCACAGCAGCAGCAACAACAUGCUCUUCAGCUGAGAACUCUGCAACUUCAGAAGAUAACCAGAACACUUUCACGCUGACACUUGACAAGACCACCACGGGACUUGGCUUUAGUCUAGAAGGAGGAAAGGGUUCCAUUCAUGGAGAUAAACCAUUGAUAAUUAACCGGAUUUUUAAAGGAGGAGCUGUCGAACAGAACAACAUUAUCCAGCCUGGAGAUGAAUUGCUACAAGUAAACACCACCACCUUGGAAGGUCUUAGCCGCUUUGGGGCUUGGAACAUCAUCAAAUCCCUGCCAGAUGGGCCUUGCACGGUAGUAAUCAGGAGGAGAGGACCCGAGCCGGACACAGACAAAGGCACAGAUUUGUCACACGAUGCUAAUCACCAACCAAGGACCGACUAACUUUACUGCAGCCAUUUCUCCCACAUCAUUCAGUUAAAGUAGGACGUGCGUGCAAUAGUAACGCUGAUUGGGAUGCCCAACAACAGAAGCAACUUGUAAACCUUUAAACUGGCUUUUCCUGGGAAUAGUUGGGAUUUUAUCUGUCAGGCAAUUCUAUCUACUUCAGUCUGAAGAAGGGUCUUGACCCGAAACUUGUCCCAUUCCUUCUCUCCAGAGAUGCUGCUUCACCUGCUGAGUUACUCCAGCACUUUGUGUCGACCUUCUAUCACUCAGUGUCAGUUCCUGGAAACAAUGUUCUUACUUUAAUCUAAAGAUCUAUAUAACAUCCACAUUUUGAUACCUGAAUCCCAAAUGAAUUGUUUGUAUUCCUCAGCCUCUCCAUACUGAACCUGGCUGUUUCCAUUAGCUCCGUCUCUGCUGCAUUAACUCCACAAUAUGCUGAUCUGUUCAGGUACAGAGUUGACCACUCAGCCCCAAUUACUGGACAACAAGUCGUACCCUGAUCGACAGAAGUGCUUGUAUUCCAGAAUCUGUUACAAUAUUAACUUCAACCAUUCCUCUGCUGCACAGCACACCUCCCCAAGCUCCCAAUGUCUUGCUUUAUAGCACAUGGAACGGGCCACAAUGUUUGUGCCACCGUGUUAUCUCAAAGAUUGAGUUAACUUUGUCUGCUGCUUUCCUCUUCCUCAUCCCUCCAGGCAUUCUUAGUCCAGUUUCUCUCUCACCACCAUGCCCUAUUCCUUUGACCUUAAAGAUACUGGAACUGAAACCAAAUGCUGAGAAAAGUCAUCCAUAUCAACGUGUAUAAAAAGCACAAGGUUCUUUGUUGAUCUGAAACUUUCCUCACUUGUUUACAAGUUAACAGUGUUUGUUUUACAGAGGUUACCUGACGUCUGACUGACUAGGUGUGUACUCCAUUCCCUUUGCUUUUGCACAUUGUUUAGAGCUUUGAUGCAUUAAAAAUGAUGACUGUGAUUAAUGUUUGUAAAAUGGUGGGCUCUGUAUUUCCCUCGUUUUUAUGCUCGAGGCAGCACGCUGUAAUUUAUAAAUCCGUAAGUCAUGGGAGUAGAAUGAGGCCAUUUGGCCCAUCGAGUCUACAUCACCAUUCAAUAAUGGCUGGUCCAUUUUACUAUCUCAACCUCAUUCUCCUGCCUUCUCCCCCUGACACCCGUACUAAUCAAGUAACUGUCAAUCUCCGCCCUAAAAAUACCUCCACAGCUGUUUGUGGCAACAAAUUCAACAUAGAUUCACCACCCUCUGGCUAAUGAAAUUCCUCCUCAUCUCCUUUCUAAAGGUAUGUCCUUUAAUUCUGAGGCUGUGUCCUCUGGUCCUAGACUCUCGCACUGGUGAAAACAUCCUCUCCACAUCCACUCUAUCCAGGAGUUUCAAUGAGGUCCAUGUUCAUCUUCUACACUCCAGCGAGUACAGACCCAGAGACAUCAUGAGCUCAUCUCUUUAGCUGUAGUUCCUUCUGAUUUCUGUGGGGAAUUUAUCACCCAAACACACACAGAAUGACACAGCCAUGUCGCAGAGAUCUGGAAUUCAUAAAAUU